CCAUCAUUACCUGGCAGACGUUAGCUCGUUAAGUGGCAAUGGAAACGGUGCGACGGAUCGUGAAGGGGACUUUAUUGCUCGGCUUUUGCACUGGUAUUGGCGGCGUUCUGUGGGUGCUUGUGGCGCCCGGAAAAGAACGGAGGUUGGAGAUGCGUAGGAAUUACCCUGAAGCUAAUCCAGCUAUGUUAGCAGAGGCGCAUAAACGUAAUGAGAUGGUUCUUAAGGUAAUUGAAGAGUCUGCUAAGACAAACGAGAACAUGGCCAGGAGGUCCCCAUGGAGCUCAUGAGUAUAAAUUAAGUUGAUAAGCCUGGAAAAGAUCUGAAUUCCUUCUCUGAAGUUGCUGAAGCUCUGGAUGAAGGAAGUUGAGCUGACACUACUUUUUUGGGAGGAGCUAAGAUGUACGGGUGUACAAUAAUGUUGGCACCUCUUGGAUUCAAGCAUCACGAGCUUGCUGCCUGUAUAGCAGUAUCUAUCAUGUUUGUGCCCUUUGCAAUUAAUUUGUAACUGAUAAAUACUAAGAAUGCUGAUUUCUUUCUCAAUAUCUGUAUGCAUUCCUACAUUUUUGCUCAGUUUUUAAAUAAAAGGUUACUCUUUAUCUUAUGGAAUUUGCCUAUUUUCAUGUGCAUGAAAGAAGAUGGUUGCAAUAUCCAAAUUAUUUGUUACAUUUAAUGAGACAAUAGUACUUGCUAUACUUGAUCAUUUUAUAGUUACAUUUUAAUCUAUAACACUUGGUCGAACAAAUUCUGUUGUAUCAAUUCCAUGGAAGCCGCUUUCUGUAGAUCUUAUGACAUUUAAAUCAUCACUGUUGUAAACUUGACAUGAAAUAAAAGUUCCUGCUCGUGAA